CGCGCGCUGCCACCUGGCUCCGGCUCCUCCUGACCUACAACCCACCGCCACCUCUGCUGCCAUCCCAGCCGCUUCGGUCGCACCAUGUCUUCGCCUCCCGAGGAGAAGCAAGAGACAAAAGCUGGACACCCGCCCGCUGUGAAAGCUGGUGGAAUGCGAAUCGUGCAGAAACACCCGCAUUCUGGAGACACCAAAGAAGAGAAAGACAAGGAUGAGAAGGAGUGGGAGACCGAGCCCAGCCCGCCUAAACCCACCAUGUACAUCUCCUGUGUCAUCGCCCAGAGCGACACGGACUUCCCCCCCGCGGCCGCCCAGGUGGCUCACCAGAAGCCCCACGCCUCUAUGGACAAGUACCUGUCCCAUAGACCCCAGCACAUCCAGCAGCCUCGCAAGUGACCAUGAGGACCCAGCGCCCUCCCCUGCCAUGCCUGGUUCC